AUGACAGGUGAUAAAAUCUUGUUUAAGAGAGUUACAAAAAUAGAUGGAGGAAGUGUUAAGUUUGGUGAUGAAUCAAAAGGAAAAAUAUUCGGUACCGGAACAGUUCCCUUCAAUAACAACUGUGAUAUCAUUGAGGUUUAUCUCAUUGAUGGACUUAACUACAAUCUUCUGAGUAUAAGUCAACUAUACGACUCAGGAUCUUUUAGAGUCUAUAAUAAACGUACAUUAUGUGUGGAAGAAUCUGUACAUGUUAUAUUUGAUGAAAAUAACUCUUCGUCCGAGAAAGAAAUUAUUGCAAGUGAUGAAGAUCAAGCUCAAGAAAUUCAGGAGACAAGCAAAUGUCAAAAGUCGACUAAUGGAUCUAAUGUUGUGAUAGAGUCAACUAAUGAAACCAGCAACAAUCCACCAGAACCUCCAAAGGAGUCAACUACUCAUAUAGUUCAUCCAAAUGAAUGGAGAAGUGAACUUGAAUAUCCUCAAAAAUUCAUCAUACGAGAUCCAAGCAAAGGAAUGAAAACCAGAGGAGCUCUGAAGAAGAAAGCAAACAUAGCACUAAUCUCUCAAAUUGAGCCAAAAAAAUAG